CUUCGCUUUCGCCCACCGCGGACGCUCGAGACGGGACGCGCGGACGCGGCACGGCCGGACAGGGAAGGGUAGGCCGCCGUAGGCCAGGCACGGGAGGGACAGCGAGGACGGCGACGAGGGGGUGCGUCAGUCACACGCCGCCACCGCCGCAGCGACAACGCCGUCGGCACCAAGGACGCCGUCGUCGAAGCCACUUUCGCCGCUCAGCUCCGCCGGGCCGCCAGCAGCACCGCUAGCUAGUCCAGCCUGUCCAGCUUGUCCAGCUCCAGCAGACACCCACCAUGCCGUCCGUCGGGUCCGUCCACGCCUGGACGUCGCUGGCCGUGGCCGCCGCCUGCCUCCUCGCCGUGCAGGGAGGAGUCCUGGAGCCUUUCGACGACUUCUCCUACGAAGGGAACCACGGCCCCGACCACUGGGCCGACACGUACAAGACGUGCCGCGGCAAGUACCAGUCGCCCAUCGACAUCGACGAGCACCACGUGACCAGGGUGCACCUGCCGCCCAUUCGCUACGAGGGCUUCGAGACGCCGCCCCUGUCCUCCACCAUCACCAACAACGGCCACACUGUGCUGCUCAAGCUCAACAUGUCCGAGCCCGCCACCAUCUCGGGCGGGCCGCUCAAGGGAAAGUACGUCUUCUCCCAGCUGCACUGGCACUGGGGCACCAACGACUCCUUCGGCAGCGAGGACCUCAUCAACAACCACAGCUACCCCAUGGAGCUGCACAUGGUGUUCUACAAGAAGAACUACGGCUCCCCCGAGAUGGCCCAGCUGCAGUCCGACGGGCUCGCCGUGAUGGCCUUCUUCUACGAGGUGAUGCCCUCCGACAACGCCGUCUACUCCGAGAUGGUGGACUACCUGCCGCAGAUCGAGACGCCCCUCACCAAGUUCAGCCUUCGGCGCCAGCUCACCCUGGCCUCGCUCAUCCCCUGCGCCCGCUCGCACUACUUCACGUACUACGGGUCGCUCACGACGCCCCCCUGUCUGGAGGUCGUCACCUGGAUCGACUUCAAGCACCCCAUCCGAUUGUCCCACAGCCAGCUCGAGACGUUCCGCCGGCUGCGCACCCAGCACGGCUUCCUGACGCACAACGCGCGCCCCGUGCAGCCCCUGGGCGGCCGCAACGUGUGGUACAACGCCGGCGAGCUCAACCUGGAGGAGGACUCCGCGGCGCCGCGGUCCGGCGCCUCAGUCACCCUCGUGGCCUCCCUGCUCGCCGCCACCGCCGUGGCCAUGUACAGAUAGGCGGGCCCAGGCCGCGCCGAUGAAACCACCACCACACUUGGAGUCGCCCCUCCACAGUCACACAAGACACCCGGUAAACCGGCCGACCAAACUGACGACCAGGCGAGGCGAGGCGUGCAGCGGGUCUGGUAGGUGGCCUACCUCGCAGGCGCUACAGGCUGCAGGACGGCACCACUCCCCAGCCUGAAGGACCUGAAGGCACCUAGCUGGCGCUGGCGCCUGCAGACUUGAGUGGAGGGGAGGCCCUGGGGAGGCCGUGCCCAUGCCCACCCUCCUCCAGCCCUAUAUCAGAGCUCCUUGACCCUUGGAGUGAGAUCGAAUCGAAAACAGGGCUGUAGUUUGAAUCAAAGUGAUAUUUGUUUGUAAUAAGCUAGUGUAUUUAUUUCUUGCUGGUUGAGCAUAUUAUCGGUUAAGUUUUGUAGAAAAGGCAACUCUUGGUAGCUCUAUGCAUUUAUCAAAUCCGCCACAGACAACAUUUGCGUGCCAUUUUUGAUUGACUGAGCUAAAAGGGAAUGAGAAUCACAUUUAUUGGUUACUUGUUGUAGGGAGAGUGCACAUUGAGCCCAAUUGAUCCGAUCUACAGCAAUUAGUUGAGAAACCUAUAAUAUUUGUUUUAUUGUGGUACAUUUGAUUUCCAGACCAAUGUAACUUUAGCAAUAGAAUAUUGAGAAAGAUUCAGUGGCAUGAUGUUUGACCACUCAUAAUUUUAUACCAAAGAUGUAGUUUUAUGAAAUGUUCUGUAAUCCAAUUAUUUUGUGCGCAAGCACCAGGGCCCUAUAAUUCAUGGUGUAAAAAAUAAAUAAAAGGCAGUUUACCAUGAUGAGGAAGAUUUUCACACCAACUAAUUAUGUCAAAAACACAACCAGUCCUUUUAAAAUUGAUUGAAAAAAUUCUCAUGGGUAACCUUUAGUGUCAAAAUAAUAUUGAUGUUGCUGACAAAAAAUGCUACCGGUUGGUAUGAAAUUUUUUCUAGUUGGGGUUCCCCACCCUGCCUUUUUUUUACAUCAAGAGCUACAGCACGUGGGGAUACACUUAUUGAUAAUAAGAAAUAUCGUUAAGUAGAUAAGUAAAAACUUUUUUUAAAAAAAUUGUUGAAGUAUUUAAGGGUAGCUUUUGCUUGCCGAGGUACAAAACAAGCAUUCAAAUGGUACCACAAUUUACAUAUUUUUGUUGUUUUGUACUUAAAUUUGUCAGAAAUUAUGUAAUGAGUAAACAGGCAUUUGUAGUUUGAUGAGAAAGCCAAUAAAAAUUACUAAAUUUGAGACAUGACCUGAA